AUGUCCAAUUAUCACCAAAUAGAGUCUGACGAUCGCGCAGACGACGGAAACAACCUCGAAUUCAGAUCCUUUCUCGGCAACGACUCGACAACAGAACCUGCACCUGGCCGAGGGUAUCUACGGGACCAACCCACUCAAAGCUCGUUCUGGAAUAUCGAAUAUUAUCAGCCAUACUUUGAUGUGGAUACCAAUACGGUCCUAAAGCGAUGUUAUUACACAAUGGUCCCAAACGUGGACUAUCUCACGAACCAUCUGAGUCCAUCACCAGAUCUUUAUGGUCCAUUCUGGACACUGAGCACCAUGGCGUUCUCUCUAUUCGUCUUCUCGUCCCUAGCGUCCUCAAUUGCGUCUUACUUGUCAAGCGAACCUUUUGAUUUUGAUUUCAAACUGCUCUCUAUUGCGGUAUCUCUUUGCUACGCAUAUGGGCUAGGGCUUCCCCUCGCGCUAUGGUUGGCACUUCGCUACCUAGGCGUGACAGAUUGGAGCCUCGUCGAAGCAAUCGCGAUCUUCGGUUACGGUCAAUUCAUCUGGAUACCAGUAUCCCUUCUCUGCGUGAUCCCCGUGCCGAUUCUCCGCUGGGCCCUAUGUGGCAUCGCGUUCGGUCUCUCUGGCUGGUUCCUCGUCGCCAAUGUCUAUCCCAUACUACAAACGGAGAAGAAGAGCAAACCUGUAACAUAUUCGUAUGGACGAGGCGGGGCCGGCUGCGCACGCGUCGGGAAAGCAAGCAGUACUGGCUCUCAUGAUUCCAAGAAGAGAGUAGUCGACCCAGAUAUUCGUCCCAUGCCCAAGAUGCUCGAACUCGAGACGGCUCGUAACCGACUCACAACGGGAGGACGAGGCGGAAAGAAUGUGUAUUAUCACUGCCUCGAACCGGGCGUCUUUCAGCGCGUUCUCGAGCAUGAGACCGCUCGCAUUGUCGCCCGCAAGGCCGAGGAACAGGCCAAUAAGGAGUACAAGCAAGAGAUGAAGAAGCGGAGCAAGUCCACAUCUCUGGGUGACUGUCAUACGUCCACCUCGUCGCUCUCACCGUCGCGUUUGGGCUCCCGUCUGCGCUCUGCCAGCACGUCGACAUUUGCAACUACGAUCUCUGGCAGCUCCGGUGGUCCGCCCUCGACCAACCUCUGCUCCGCAAUACCUUAUCGCUCAAAUUCCUCUUGGUCGGCUAGCUGCCCUGCCGACUCCCGGGCGACCACACCUACGCCUACUAAUACUGUAGCACCCAGUACUGCGUCAUCAAAAAGCAUCGCGAGCAGAUUUUUCUCCCCGCUGAAGCAGCAGUUCUUUGGUCGCAAGUCGGGCUACGAAGGCUGCAUCGAUGUCAAAUUUGGGGUUGCAGGGGGGAGCUUGUUUGCCACCACGUCUGUCGAUCCGACUCGGACGACGGCGGUGGGCUCCACCUCCACCACGUUCUCUUGCAACGAGAAUAAUUUUGGUGGAGGUUCUGCCUCUACGUACGGGCCAUCGGAGAUGCGCUCGCUUGGCACCAGCCCCUAUCAAUAUCCACUCCAGGGGGCGCCACGACCUCGCCCUGUGCAUGGAGAGCAAGCCUAUUCCACUUCAAACGCUAGGCGAUAUCAGAACUGGAUUGGUGAUGCAGAGCUCGCUCGCUACGACGAGGCCAAUCUCAUGUUUCCCCGCGAAAGGACUCUCCGACCAAGUGCCCAUACCCGACUACAUAUUGCUGACACUCAGACGGAGAUAUCGCAUAGGAAUAUGUAUGGGGCCCAGGGCAGCAAAGCGGGUGCCCUUGUCCAGGGCCAGCCUAUCGACAUAGGCUCCGAGGAGGGCAAAGAGGGGCAAGUAUUCACUUGCUAUCAUCUUCCGCUUCGCUCCAAUAUUGGUUACCAUCAGCCUGGCCGGACGAGUCGCGAUGGACCAAACGCCCACAGGCGAUAUGCUGCCACUUACAUCUGA